CCAGCCAACACCACCUCCAACACCGAAUCACCAACGAUGGACUCCCUCUCGAAGCUCUUUGGCGGCAAGUCCGACCUCCCCCUCGUCGUCGUUCAGUACAAGCGCGACGAGUUCGGCGUGGGCACCGAGGAUGAGCUACACUGGGCGAUCGUCGCCGUGUCCUCGAACAAAUCCGGCACUAUCGUCGGCGCGGUGUGGCAGGUCAUCAACCGCGUAUACUCUGACGGACGCGGGAUCGUCUGGUCGAUGCACCACCGCAGCGAAGUCGAGCUGAACGCGUCUUCGAAGUGCCUUGGCGGCGUCAUCAUUGGCAGCAUCAAGGGCAAGGACGUCGAGAAGCUCAACACGCUUAUCGAGAGCAAUCAUGUGCCGCAGGUCAGGACCAAGGACUGGAACUGCAGGUCCUGGGUGAUGGAAGUUAUUCAGUACACCCUUAUGCCAAAGGGGUGGGCCAAUGUGCCCAUCGCGACGGAGGCGUCGCUGCUUCCUUCUUUGAAGGUGGCCGCCAGAGCUAGCCGUGACGCCUCCAUCAAGGAAGGCAAGACGAUGCCGUUGCUCGUCGACUUUCGUGCUUGA